CAUAGCAGACAGAGAGAGAAAGACAUACAGACGCACUUUGCUGUUCUAUCUGAAAGCUGAAAGGAUUGGAGCGCAUUUAACUCUGUAGGUAAAAUGAGCUUUGAAUGACAGAACAGAAUAUUUUGGCAAAAGUGCUUUAUAUUUUACGUAAUUCCCAAACAAAGUUACAAUGGUAGACGGCGGAUAUCUAAAACUGAUUGAUUGUCAACAUAGAAGGCUUGGACGUGGCAUGGACAGAGCAUUAUAUGGCUUAGUUCGUGAAGAAAACUGUGGAUUAUAUCGCAAAGUGCAAUACUUACAUUGAAGAAGCGGAGCUGCCUGACGGUCAUGAGGAUGGCCUCUUGGGAAGAGAAUUUGGGUCAGCCCAAUCGCUCUGUUCUGGAGAUGGGGGGGCCACCGGACCUGUCCAGCUCCCUCUUCAAUCUCAGCAGCAGUUAUGGGGGCACAGGGGCUUUCCUCUGGCUGUUUCCAUCAGAGAACAUGACAUGGACCACCACGAAACCCACUAUCCAGCCAGUUGCCCCUCCGCGGGUACGGGACCAAGCCUUGGCCCAGGCAGAGAUCGGGGUGCUGGGGUUGGUGCUUGCCCUCACUGCUCUGGGUAAUGGAUUUGUGCUGUGGGUGUUGCUGCGUAGGAAGAAACAUCACGCUCCCAUGCACCUCUUCAUGGUCAAUCUGUGUGUGGCUGACCUAGUAGUGGCCUUCUUUCAGGUGCUGCCACAGCUGGUGUGGGACAUCACAGAGCACUUCCAGGGCCCUGACGCUCUGUGUCGCUUUGUCAAGUACUUGCAGAUCGUCGGGAUGUUUGCAUCCUCUUAUAUGAUUGUUGCCAUGACUGUGGAUCGACACUAUGCCAUCUGCUGCCCCCUGCAAGCGUAUCGCGGAGGUGCACCCUCCCGCUGGAACACCCCCAUUAUGGUUGCAUGGGGCCUGGCCCUUGUGCUCAGUUUGCCACAGGUGUUCAUCUUCUCACGGUCAGAGGUGUCCCCCGGGGUGUUCGAAUGCUGGGGCCACUUUGCUGAGCCGUGGGGUCUUAAAGCAUAUGUCACCUGGAUGACUGUGGCUGUAUUUGUAUUGCCAGCCUUUAUCAUCACUGUCUGUCAGGUUCGCAUCUUCAGAGAAAUCCAUGACAAUAUCUACCUGAAGUCUGAGCGGGUGGUAACGGCAGAAUUUAAGAGGAACUCUGUCUUCUUCCACUUUGGUCAGCGGGAGGGGGGCAGGGGCUGGAGCAGAGAGAGGAACAGACAGAGCAGACACAGCAGUCUCAGUCAAGCUCACUGCAGCCCCUCACAUCAUGCAGGAGAGGAAGUGUGCUCCUCAAGCCUUUAUCAUAGCUACUCUCAUUCUCUACCCUGUAGGAGCUCUAUCUGCGAGCCUUGCUUUGGGCACCACCCCUCUUCAGACAGCUCCUCCCGUUCCGUCCAAACUCACCUGCAAAACACCCCCAACCAUCUCUCAGACCCCUCCCAUUCCCAGUCUUUAUCAGCCAAUAGUGUGUGUGCAUUGGCUGGACACCCAAAUAGCUCUGGAGCUUCUGAACUGUGGCCAUGUGUGCUUCCAGAUGCUUUUCCUCUUCCGACCAACUAUUCGCACCCUCCGCCGCCUCUCCCAGGUGUGACCAAGGCCAUGUCUAAGACAGUGAGGAUGACUCUUGUCAUUGUGCUGGUCUACACCAUCUGCUGGUCUCCUUUCUUUAUUGUUCAGUUAUGGGCAGCCUGGGACCCCAACCCACCAAACCAAGGGGCUGCUUUUACUAUCCUGAUGCUUCUAGCCAGUCUAAACUCCUGCACUAACCCAUGGAUCUACACAGCCUUCUCCAACAGUGUGUCCCGUGAGCUGUUUGCACUGCUGCGCUGCCACACCGGAUCCCCACGCAGAGGUUCGCUGCCAGACGACUCAACCACAACUCGCACAUCAACCAACACCAAGGACUCCACAUACUGACCUCUGGCCUGACUCUACUGCACAUACACACACACACCAGCACAUGGCAAACAUACCACAGACGUGACAGGCAAGACCCUGUCCCAAAUGCCACUAUUUGCCCAUGUGUUGAUGACAUAACCUGACAGGUAGUGCUCCAAAGGGCACAGUAAACACCUUUUUAGUAUUUAAAAUGACUAAUGAGAUGCCCUACGGUCUUCACUGACAAGUGCCAAUAGCACAAGUGUGCAAAAAGAUUGC